UUACACUGAAUGGCAGCCACAAGUCUCAAACGCAGUUGCAUACUCACAAAUAAAACACACUACUGUGUAAAAAGAAAGUUUAACAAAAAUAUGCAUCACACACAAUAAACAGCACAUACUAACACAGUUUUACAAGUCCUUCUGGAUUUUUGUCCAUCUUCACCCUAUUAACAGUUUCUUCUGUAACUGUACUACGUUUGCUAGGAGAGAUGAAAACCUUAGGGGCCUCCUCAUCUUUCAACUUCCUUACAUGCAAACAGAGGGAGAAUGAGAGAGUGGUUUGGUGCUCAAGAGAGAUUGCUCCCAGUAGGCCUGACGCCCGUUUUCUUGGACAUCAGAAGCGUGUUGGAGAUGGUCUUUCGCUCUCACUCUCUUUCCAGCAUAAGGAUGUUCAUCCCAUUUCUGCGGUUUCUUCUGCUCAGGCAAAUGCUGAAACUGAAGAAAUCCAGACAAUGCACUCAGACCAGCUUAAGACUGUCAAUAUCAGAUUCAAAUUACAGAAGAAAUGCGCAUUCGGUCAGCAAUUUCUGGUAGUAGGGGACGAUCCCGUUCUUGGACUAUGGGAUACAUCUGAUGCGGUGCCGUUGAAUUGGUCUGAUGGGCAUGUUUGGAUUGCAGAUAUUGAAAUACCCAAUGGAAAAGCGCUCACCUAUAAGUUCAUUCUCAAGGGUGAUACUGGCACACUAUCAUGGCAGCCUGGCCCUGAUCGCGUUCUUGAAACAUGGGACACUGACAAGAGAAUAACUGUUUUUGAAGAUUGGGAUAAUCCGGAACUCCGGAACAUAGUCGAAGAGGAACUUGUGGCUGAUCUACCCCAGGAUUCUUCCAUCAACUUGGGUUUGUCGAUGGUUGCUGACAACUUGAUCCAUCCAAGCAAGGAAUCAUUCAUCGAUUCGGGUUCGUUUAAUGAUGCUGAAAAGUUGGACCAACCAAUAUUGGAGAAGGGGAUUGAUGUGCACGAGGAUCGAGCAAAUGAUAAUGGCCUUACCUAUCAUGCAGAGGAACCAUCUGCACCCAUGGUUGCAGCAAACACAUCUGAGAAACUUGGGAAACAAGAAUUAAGUUCCAACAGUGGUGGGUCUGGUCUAAUGACCGUAACUCACCAGAAAAAGGAGGAAAAGGCUUGGGGAAAUGAUGGAGCAGUGAACGGAAGUCACUUUUUCACCACAGACGAUCAAGCGAGGCUAGUAUCAGAUGAAGAGGUUCCUGUUCUAGUACCAGGCUUAAUUCCAAUCCCCUCAGACGACGUUGAAGAAGAAGAGCUGAACCUGGUGGAGAAUAACGUGGUUGGCAAUACCGCAGUUGAAUAUGAUGGAAUUGAGGAUUCAAAGCCAGAGAUAAAGGACGAAUGUGUCUCUGCACCACCGCACGCUGCAGAAACCAGUGAGAUGAUGAUUGAUGAGAAGCAACCACUGUAUGGGAAAGAAGAGCUGAAAAACAGCAUCUCCAAAUCCGAUAUGCGAUGGGGUGGACAUGUCUCUGCACCACCGCACACUGCAGAAACCAGCAAGAUACCGGUUGAUGAGAAGCAACAACUGCAUGGGAAAGAGCAGCUGGAAACCAACAUCUUCAAAAUCGAUGUGCAUUGGGGUCGACGAACCCUUGAGAAAUUUCUUGCCAGCUUCGGAUUCCAAUAACGUUGUAGUUGUUUUUUUAUGUCAUCCAUGCAUAGAAAUGAUCUACAGCUGAAAGAGAUGUAUGCAUUUUCAGCUCAAUUGAUCCUUCUCCUUGUUGUAUGAGAAUACCAGAGUGUGCUACUUGUGUUCUGAAAUAUAUAUUCUAUGUAUCACAA